AUGGAGGAACCAUCAAGAUUAUCUGAUCUUGCUGUGACCCCAGAGAUAACAGAACAGAACCCGCCGGAAUGUUGUAAUGAUGCUGUUUACGGUGGAACCAGUCGGGGAAAAGUGGAAUGUGGCCAAUCGCACAUCUUUAAUGCCUGUUAUUGGGAGACCUAUCAGGAUCAAUGUGAGAUAGCAUUGUUUUUACGCUGCUUCUCAGAAGGUCCAGGAAAAUGGACAGGUGUGUUAGGCAGCCACCAGCUAUACUUCAGUCAGAACAUGGUAUCUUUAUCUCGAGCCAGCCCAGUGAUACGAUACGCGGCCUGUGCCCUCGGAGCGAAAUAUCUUGGUCGAAUCAAAAGGCCAGAGUUAAAAACCCACAAAAACAUGCGGAAUAUCUUCUCUGAAUCACAACCGGAUUUUAUUUGGUAUGGAGCCAAAUACUACAAUAAAGCGCUCAAGCUACUUGCCCACCAGGCUCCUUGCGACAGUCAUGGCAUCACGAAGGUGCCUCUAUGCUCUGCAAGCCAGACAGCUAUGACCGGCAAUUCUUCUGAUUCGCACGGUACAGCAGCUAAUAUAUACCCAGCCAUUGCAGAAUGCAUUCUUUUUCAGUACGUGGAUAUCGGCGAUGUUUCACGGAGACGGACAAGGUUAGAUUCCAAGAAUCUUUCGUUGUGGCGUGAUCUAGGAGGACUGCCUCUUAACGGUCAGGGAGAUCUGCUGCUUGAUCAUAUCAGUGAGCAUGAGAAAGCUGCUCUUCUGUUCAAGAGCCUGAUUCGACUCCUGUGUCAGCUGCUCAAUUCGAACCUGAGUGAUGCUGCCCAGUGGGUUUGCAUUAAAAGCGAGUUUGACCGGUGGUAUUGUAUAGUUCCCGGCUGGUUUUCGUCACCACUUGUCUGGGCUUGUGCGCCUCAUGAGUGUCCCGACGAUGAUGUUCGUCGCCCGGCCGCUUUAAGUGCUACAUGGUUUUCCUCCGACACAUGUGCUCUGGCAAUGGCAUUUUACUAUAUGGGAAGGAUGUUAUUGUUAAUCAAUCAGCCCACGGAGCUCUUCCUGGAGCAAUAUGGCGACCAGCCUGACGUCCUUGUCACCUAUAAGAGAUUGUGGAAGGACCUACACCAGCAUGCAAUCCAGACUCUUUCUAUCGCGCGAGGUAUACCUACCGAUACUGUACGAAAAUACCUGUUGCAGCCCUUGUACCUCGCAGGGCGCUGUCUGCUGGAUACCCGUGAUAGGCUGGAGCUCCUUGGCAUUUUCAAACAAAUUGGUAAUGAUCUCGGUGUCGCUACGGAAUACCGCCAGAGAGACCUUUGUGAGGAAUGGGGUUAUCCCUUGUCCAUGUGCCUAGGACAAAUUUGA